CAUGCUAUAGUGCCACCACCAACAACAUGACCAUCUUGCUCCAUUCCUUUUUAAACCCCUCCUCCUUUCUCCAUAACAUAACACAGCUCACACCCGAAAAAAAAAAAAAUUCCUCACACCACCUCUCUCUCUCUCCCUCAUGGGUGCUCAUCGCCAUUUCGAACCGAUCACAAAAUGUAGCAAUGAGGGACGAUCCAAUCAAACAGUGGCAGCAGACCUAGAUGGCACACUUCUUGUGUCAAGAAGUGCUUUUCCCUGCUUCAUGCUUGUUGCUCUCGAAGCCGGUAGCCUCCUAAGGGCAUUAGUCCUUCUUGCAUCGGUCCCAUUCGUAUAUUUCAUGUACUUGUUCGUAUCAGAAUCCAUUGCCAUCCAAACUUUUAUCUUCAUUUCAUUCGCGGGCUUGAAAAUCCGCAACAUUGAGCUUGUUUCAAGGUCAGUCUUGCCCAAAUUCUACGCGGAGGAUGUUCAUCCCCAGACUUGGAGAGUGUUCAAUUCCUUUGGUAAGAGGUACAUUAUUACUGCGAGCCCUAGAAUAAUGGUGGAGCACUUCACAAAGAACUUUUUGGGGGCUGAUAAGGUUCUUGGGACCGAGUUGGAAGUAACAAAAUCAGGGAGAGCAACUGGAUUUGUGAAGAAACCAGGUGUUCUUGCAGGAGAAAACAAAAGGGCGGCCAUCCUAAGAGAAUUUGGAACAAAUUUGCCUGAUUUAGGCCUGGGAGAUAGAGAGACUGACCAUGAUUUCAUGUCAAUAUGCAAGGAAGGAUACAUGGUGCCAAGAACAAAGUGUGAGCCACUACCAAGAAACAAGCUUCUAAGCCCUGUCAUCUUUCAUGAGGGCCGUUUGGUUCAAAGACCAACACCUCUUGUUGCUCUCUUGACCUUCUUAUGGAUGCCAAUAGGCAUCAUUCUCUCCAUCCUCAGAGUCUACCUCAACAUUCCUUUGCCGGAGAGAAUUGUCUGGUACAACUAUAAGAUCCUCGGAAUUAAGCUCAUCGUAAAGGGCAACCCUCCCCCCCCACCCAAGAAAGGCCAAAGCGGUGUCCUCUUAGUUUGCAACCACCGGACUGUCCUAGACCCCGUGGUCACUGCAGUCGCCCUAGGACGAAAAAUUAGUUGUGUCACAUAUAGCAUAAGCAAGUUUUCGGAGCUAAUUUCGCCCAUCAAAGCCGUGGCAUUGUCAAGGGAGAGAGAGAGAGAUGCAGCUCACAUCAAGCAAUUGCUCGAGGAAGGUGACUUGGUCAUAUGCCCCGAGGGGACUACUUGUCGCGAGCCAUUUUUAUUGAGAUUUAGUGCACUUUUUGCUGAGCUCACGGAUAGGAUUGUCCCGGUAGCCAUUAACACUAAGCAAAGUGUGUUUUAUGGAACCACGGCUCGUGGGCAUAAGUUUUUGGAUCCAUAUUUUGUGUUCAUGAAUCCAAUGCCAACUUAUGAGAUCACUUUCUUGAAUCAACUACCCACUGAGCUGACUUGCAAAGGUGGUAAAUCUGCAAUUGAAGUUGCAAACUAUAUUCAAAGGGUGUUGGCUGGGACAUUAGGGUUUGAGUGCACUAAUUUGACUAGGAAGGACAAGUAUGCGGUGAUCGCCGGAACGGAUGGCCGUGUUCCAAGCAAGAAGGAAAAGGAUAACGAAAAGGAGAAGUCCUAAUUAAGGAAAGACAGGAAGAAACUGGAAAUUGAAACCAUUGAUUCUCUCUAUUGUUUUCUCCGUGUGUUUUGAAAGUUUAUCAAAACAAUAAAAUUAAGUAUGGUCGAUUGGGAUGUUAAUUAUUA